AUCCAACAAAUCAACAGCCGAGUUUAGCACAAUAACCAGCCUAACUACGUACAAUGUCAUCCACAAUGCCGAAACGAGUAGCCGCAUUACUCCUCACAACAUUCACGCUAUUACUAACCACACCGCCGGCUGCUUUCUGUCUCUCCACCGACUUCUACGCCCAAACCUGCCCCCGCGCCCUCACCGCCGUCCGCGCCGUCGUCCGCGGCGCCGUCACCAAAGACCGGAGAAUGGCAGCCUCCUUAAUCCGCCUCCAGUUCCACGACUGCUUCGUCCGCGGUUGCGACGCCUCGGUCCUCCUCGACAACACCACCACCACCGUCUCCGAAAAGGGCGCCGUCCCCAAUCGCCGCUUCACCAAGACGUUCCGCGUCAUCGAGGACGCGAAAUCCACGUUGGAGCGGAUCUGCCCGGGCGUCGUCUCCUGCGCCGACAUCAUCGCGGUCGCGGCGCGCGACGCCUCCGCCUCCGUGGAGGGCCCCUCCUGGGACGUGGAGCUCGGGAGGCGGGACUCCGACGUCGCGUUUGCUUCCCUCGCGGCGUCCGACAUACCGACUCCCAAGGACGACCUCAACACGCUGAUCGCGCUGUUCCGCAAAAAGGGGCUGAAUUCGCGGGAGAUGGUGGCGCUGUCCGGGGCCCACACGCUGGGGACCGCGCAGUGCCUCGCGUUCCGCGACAGGGUGUACGGAAACGUGACUGUUGUGAAGGACGUGAUCGACCCGGAUUUUGCGAGGAAGAAGCGUCGGAUGUGUCCCGCCAGCGGCGGGGACCGGCUGGUGCAGCCGCUGGAUCCGGUGACGCCGACGUCAUUUGAUAAUAAUUAUUUCAAGGCGCUGAUGAUUAGGAAGGGGCUUUUGGUGACGGAUCAGGUACUGUUUAGCGGCGGUGAGACGGAUGGGGUUGUGGAGGAGUACAGUAAGGAUGGCGGGAAGUUUAAAAAUGAGUUCGCGGCGGCGAUGGUUAAGAUGGGGAGUAUUGAGGUGUUGACUGGAUCCGAUGGUCAGAUUAGGAGGACUUGCAGUAAGGCUAAUUAAUUAGUUGGGUACAUUAAUUUGUUUCGUUUAAUUGAUUAGUAGAUCGAUUUUGUUAAGAUCGGAGAGUAAUUGAUGAGUUUUCUUUUAAUGUAGUUGCUUCUUCCAUUCUAUUUUGUUUUUAAUUUAUUUUCCCAUGCUCUAUGUAGUGUAUGAUCUAUAUUCUAUAGUACUGAUUGGUGAUUAGUUUAAAUGACAAGAAAGGGAAUAUUAUAUU